CGGGGCGACCGCGCCAGCCGGGACCCUGACCUCCUGGGAACGGGGGCCUGGAGCCCCGCUCUUCGGCUCUAGAACCCCGCGGGUUAGGGGAGAAGGACGGCGCGGUGGGGAGGGGAAGGAAAGGGCUCCCUGGGCUCCCGCCAGUGCCCCCAACAGGUCUUCUCCCCAGAGCUGCUCGCUCCUCCCGCACACGCUCCGAAGAAGGUGGCGAGCGCUGGCUACUGUUCUCUGGGGAGAGACCCAGCCCUGCCCGAGUGGCCCACGGCGGGACCGCUCACCCUUCCGCCGGCACCCUGGCCUAGGCUUCCAUCCCUUAGUGGCCUUCUGGACUUGGCUCUCUUCUUUAAAAAAAGAAAGGAAAUAUACUGCGGUUAAAGACAAACACCCAACAUGACAUUUACCGUCUUAAUCCUUUGUUUUUUAAUCCGUUAAGUACAACUUGUCAAAAUGACCUCCAUAAAUCACUGCUUAAAAAAAAAAACCUACUUAGCAGUCUCCUGGUUACCUACUGUAUUUCAAACUAGAUGAAUCUCUCCUUUACUUUUGCUUUGAUGUGGAGCCCAGGUACAGGAAAGAAACUGCCGGUAGUUUUCUUAUAAGGCUAAGGAAAUCACAAGGCAAUGUCAAUGAGUAACCAAGAUCUAGAUCCAGAUAGUACUACAGAUGAAGAUAUUACAACUGCUAAGGAAGAACUUAUUAAAAAAUGUGAAGAAAUGUGGAAAGAUCUGGAAGAAUAUCAGAAUAAAUUAUCACUUAUUGGAACCGAGACACUCACUGAUUCAAAUGCUCAGCUGUCAUUAUUAAUUAUGCAAGUGAAAUGUUUAACUGCUGAACUCAGUCAAUGGCAGAAAGAAACUCCUGAAAUACUUCCACUGAGUGAAGAGGUUCUGGUAACAUUAGGAAAAGAAGAGUUCCAAAAAUUGAAACAUGAUCUUGAAUUGGUACUAUCUACUAUUCAGUCAAAGAAUGAAAAGUUAAAGGAAGACUUGGAAAGGGAACAACAAUGGUUGGAUGAACAGCAACAGAUAUUUGAAUCUCUUACUACACUACACAAUGAAUUGAAACAUCAGAUUGUGACAGAAUCAAGAACCUUUAAAGAGCUGAAAACUAAACUACAUGAUGUAAAAGAAUAUAAGGAGAAACUAUUGGUUACCUUGAGUGAAUUUCUAGAAGACCACUUUCCUCUGCCUGACAGAAAUGUUAAAAAGAAAAGGAAAAAUACUCAAGAAUCAAAUAUACAGCUGAUAACAUUGCAUGAAAUGUUAGAGAUUCUUUUAAAUAGAUUGUUUGAUGUUCCACAUGAUCCAUAUGUCAAAAUUAGUGAUUCUUUUUGGCCACCUUAUAUUGAGCUGCUCCUUCGUAAUGGAAUUGCUUUGAGACACCCAGAAGAUCCAAGCCGAAUAAGAAUGGAAGCUUUCCAUCAGUAAAGAAUGGUCUGUUUUCCACAAGUACUUAAAGAAUCUUGUCACUCAUGGAUAAAUGGAAACACUGAGUGUUACUUGGAUAAAGAAAAUAAUAUGCAUAUGAAAGCACGUAGUUCAUAUUCCUUCUAUCCUUAAAAUGACAGGUGCUGCCUUGUACUAUUUGUUUACAAAUGGUGUGUUCAAGUUGAUGGACAAGGAUACAAGUAAAAAUAUUCUAGACUUAAUUAUAAAACAUUUAAUGUACCUCUUAAAGCGAUAUUUGGAAAAUUCUUAGUUAAUUUGUGAUAUUGCUUGAGCCAUAAUUUUAAAAAAAUUUAUGACAGUUUCUUUUAUGCAUUUUGAGUUCUGUUUGUUGCUUAACUCUGUUAAGUUUAGGGAUUAUAAUAAAAAGGCCAUUUAAUAUGCAGAUGGUUUUAAAAUUCACUUGGUAUCUGAUGUAGAAGGAAGCAUAAUUUAAAAGUAUUUAGUAAAUAUGCCUCAUGUAUACUGCCUUAUUUCUAGAUUUGUUAAAAAUUGAAAUAUAAAAAACACACACAAAUGGAUAAAAGUAGAAAACUCUUUUAAUGUGUAUCACAUAUCAAGUGAUAUAUAUUAAACCAUUCGUCUGUUCAUUAUUACUAACAAAAUUGUGUUAAUAAAAUUUUGUUUAUCUUUGUGACGUUUCUGUAAAUAAAAUUCUCUUACCUAAAAAUA